AUGAAGAUUCUCGCUGUACUCUACGACGGUCAUGAAGCUGCUCGUCAGGAGCCUCGUCUCCUCGGCACGACUGAAAACAAGCUUGGCAUCAAAGAGUGGUUGGAGAGCUUGGGGCAUGAAUACAUCGUAACGAGCGAUAAAGAGGGCCCCAACAGUGCUUUCCAAAAGCAUAUUGUUGAUGCCGAGGUCCUCAUUACCACACCCUUCCACCCUGGUUAUCUCACGAGGGAGGUUAUGGAGAAGGCGAAGAACCUAAAAAUCUGCGUGACAGCGGGAGUCGGUUCGGACCACAUCGACCUCAAUACCGCCGUCGGAAAGGGUGUCGAGGUCUUGGAAGUCACUGGGUCGAACGUUGUUUCAGUCGCCGAACAUGUCGUCAUGUCGAUCCUCUUACUUGUUCGGAACUUUGUACCGGCUCAUGAAAUGAUUGAGCGUGGAGACUGGCAAGUGUCCCAGAUCGCACGUAACGCAUUCGAUCUCGAGGGGAAGGUAGUCGGCACUAUCGGAGCUGGACGUAUCGGUUACCGUGUGCUUCAGCGUCUCGUUCCUUUCAACACGAAAGAACUCCUAUACUACGACUAUGCUCCGCUACCAGACGAUGCUGCAAAGGCCGUCGGUGCCCGUCGGGUAGAAGACUUGAAAGACUUCGUCUCGCAGUGCGACGUUAUCACCGUCAAUUGCCCCUUACACGAGGGCACCCGCGGACUAGUGAACGAGGAACUGCUCAAGCACUUCAAAAAGGGUGCAUGGCUCGUCAACACUGCUCGUGGAGCGAUUUGCGACAAGGACGCUGUUGCAGCGGCCGUCAAAUCCGGUCAGCUAAACGGAUACGCUGGUGAUGUAUGGAACGUACAGCCAGCACCGAAGGACCACCCAUGGCGCACGAUGAAGAACCCUCUCGGAGCGGGUAACGGCAUGGUGCCCCAUUAUUCUGGUACGACUCUCGAUGCGCAACGGCGCUAUGCGGACGGUGUCCGCAAGAUUUUGGAGAACUACUUCAGUGGAGCGCCUCAGCACCCGCCGGAUAUUAUUAUUGGAAAGGCUGGCUACGAGACCAAGGCUUAUGGUCAGCGCAAGUGA